UGUAAAUAAAUUGCUUCCCAGCAAAAUUCUCUAGUACGCUUCAAUUCAAACGAUUCGAAAUUGGCACCCCAAAGAAAAAAUGGCGACUUCCGCCGUAGACGGUGGUGGUAAUAGUAGUGGUGGCGGAGAAGACAUAAAAUUUAGUGUAAUGGUUAGCCUUUUUAAGUGGAUACAGAAGAGUAAAUCAUCAGUGAAGAAGCGGUCCAAGUUCCGGAAGUUUAUGGAUACCUUCUGCAGGAAGCCUCAGGACAAUUUCGUUGCCAUGCGCCUUAUUCUCCCUGGCCUCGACCGUGAGCGUGGCUCUUAUGGCCUUAAGGAGCACGUCCUCGCUACUUGCCUCAUUGACGCACUUGCAAUGUCCCGCGACUCCGAUGAUGCACGCCGUCUCCUUAACUGGCGGAAAGGCGGUCCCAAAACUGGCUCUAAUGCCGGCAACUUCUCUCUUGUUGCCGCUGAGGUCCUCCAGCGCAGACAGGGAAUGGCUUCUGCUGGUCUAACAAUUAAGGAAUUAAAUGACUUCCUUGAUCACUUGGCCUCAAGUGAAAAUAGAGCAGAGAAGACUUCAAUUCUGUCUGAUCUAAUCAGGAAAACAAAUGCUCAAGAAAUGAAAUGGAUUAUAAUGAUAAUCCUCAAAGAUCUUAAGUUGGGAAUUAGUGAAAAGAGCAUCUUCCAUGAAUUCCAUCCAGAUGCAGAGGACUUAUUCAAUGUCACAUGCGAUCUAAAAUUAGUUUGUGAAAAGUUGAGGGACAGAAGUCAACGGCAUAAACGCCAGGAUAUUGAAGUUGGAAAACCUGUCCGCCCUCAGCUGGCUCUUAGGGUCAGCAAUGUAUCUGCUGCAUGGAAAAAGCUUUACGGGAAAGAAGUAGUUGUUGAGUGCAAAUUUGAUGGGGAUCGCAUCCAGAUUCACAAAAAUAAUUCUGAGCUAAACUUCUUUUCAAGAAACUUUCUGGAUCAUCAAGAGUAUGCUCAUGGGAUGUCAGAUGUUAUUACUCAGAAUAUCCUUGCUGACAAGUGCAUACUCGAUGGUGAAAUGUUGGUUUGGGAUGCAUCAAUAAACCGCUUUGCAGAGUUCGGUUCCAAUCAAGAAAUAGCAAAGGCAGCAAGAGAGGGUCUUGAUAGUGAUAGGCAGUUGUGUUAUGUUGCGUUCGAUAUUCUUUAUGUUGGGGAUACCAGUGUUAUUCAUCGGAGCUUGAAGGAACGUCAAGAGAUUCUCCAGAAAGUUGUGAAGCCCAGAAAAGGCCGUUUAGAAAUUUUGGUCCCUAAUGGCGGUCUUAAUGCUCAUCGUCUUUCUGGGGAGCCCUGUUGGUCGAUCAUUGCUCAUAGUGUUGACGAUGUCGAUAAAUUCUUUAAAGGAACUGUUGAGAAUAGGUUUGUUUCGUGUUCAUCUAUUCUAACUCUCUUGAGUCCCACAACAAGAUUUUUAUAUUACAUUUAUGUUAUUCUAAUGCACCCUACCAAACAAACCCCAAGUGUUUUUGAUUUGGGACUCAAGUUUCCUCCUUUUCCUUCUUUUGUAGCUCAAUUUCUGGUGGGUCUUGCUGAGCCUCCGGCUCCAAAUACAUAUCCCAGAAGGUUCAUUUCUUUUUGCAGAGUAGGCACUGGAGUUUCUGAUGAGGAACGCAAUACCAUAGUAACUCGAUUAAAACCUUAUUUCAGGAAGUAUGAGUACCCGAAGCAGGCACCACCAACCUUUUAUCAAGUAACAAAUAAUGCAAAAGAGCGACCCGACGUGUGGGUUGAAAGUCCAGAGAAAUCCAUCAUUGUUUCAAUUACAAGUGAUAUUAGAACAACAAGAACUGAGGUGUUUGCUGCUCCAUACAGCUUGAGAUUUCCGCGUAUUGAUAAAGUCAGAUAUGACAAGCCUUGGCAUGAGUGUCUUGAUGUGCAAUCAUUUGUUGAUCUGGUACAUUCAACCAAUGGUACCACGCAGAGGGAGGACAAUUAUGGGGUUGAGCAGGAUCAUGAAUCAAAGACCAUUAGGUCGUCAAGAAAACGAGAGAAGAAGAAUGUCUCUGCAGUUCCUUCUCAUUUUGUUCAGACUGACGUGUCUCGAAUUAAGGGUGAAACAUCAAUGUUCUCUGACAUGGUGUUUUAUUUUGCUAAUGUGCCUUCAUCACAUACACUAGAAUCCUUGCAUAAAAUGGUGGUCGAGCAUGGGGGUGCUUUCUCCAUGAAUUUGAAUAAGUCAGUUACUCAUUGUAUAGCAGCUGAAAGUAGAGGUAUCAAGUUUCAAGCUGCAAAACUUCAUGGAGAUGUUAUUCAAUGCUCUUGGCUCUUUGACUGCUGUCUGCAAAAGAAGCUCCUUCCUUUACAGCCAAAGUAUUUUCUUUUCCUUUCUGAUUCAACAAAGAAAAAGAUGGAAGCAGAAGUGGAUGAAUAUUCUGAUUCUUUCUACUCCGACAUCAGCAUUGAAGAAAUUAAACUGCUUUUGAGAAAUAUAGAACACCCAGAAGACUCCAAAACUGUCGAGUACUACAAGAAAAAGUACUGUCCCAAGGAUGAAUGGGCUCGGUUUCAUGGUUGCUGCAUUUAUUUUUUCAUACCAAAGCAGUGUCUGGAAUAUUCAGAUUGCAAGGUUUUAGUGGAACUUGCUAUGAAGAGGAUGAAAGUUGAAAUUUCUGUGGGUGGUGGGAAAGUUGGUGACAAUCUUUUUCAUGCCACCCAUGUCGUCGUCAUGUCUCUACCAGAGAUCGAUGUAAAGUUCAAUGAAGUGUUAAAUAGUUUCUCAGAGGCUGAGAAACAUGUUUUGUACAAUACAAAGCUGCAUGUAGUCGGAGCACGGUGGUUGGAGGAUUCCCUUAAAGAGGACCAGAAGGUGCUUGAGGAGAGUUAUAGCCUUAAGCCUAGCAAUUUUCAAAUGUCAAUCUCUGAGAAGAGUAGGCAUGAUAAGCAAAAAGGUGAUUCUGAAAAGUGCAAAAGACCAUCUUCCCCUGAUAAACAUGGAGGACAAAUCAAAGAAAAAGGAAUUUCAGACCAGGGCCGAGCUAUCACACUACCAAAGAGGGGCAGGAAACGAGAUAGAGGAAGACCUACUGGUAGUGCUACAGCAAAAGGGAAAGUGGGGAUCAACAUUCCACGUACAGUUAAACGCAAGGUCACAAGUAGUCGUGCUAAGAUUCAUGAAAAUGAAUCUGAUGAAAGUGCUACUUCAGGACUCAGUAGGCAUGAUAAGCAAAAAGGUGAUUCUGAAAAGUGCAAAAGACCAUCUUCCCCUGAUAAACAUGGAGGACAAAUCAAAGAAAAAGGAAUUUCAGACCAGGGCCGAGCUAUCACACUACCAAAGAGGGGCAGGAAACGAGAUAGAGGAAGACCUACUGGUAGUGCUACAGCAAAAGGGAAAGUGGGGAUCAACAUUCCACGUACAGUUAAACGCAAGGUCACAAGUAGUCGUGCUAAGAUUCAUGAAAAUGAAUCUGAUGAAAGUGCUACUUCAGGUGAGCAUCUUUGUAAUGACGAGGGUGAAGCGGCUGUUGGGAGCUAUGAAACUACUGCAGUACGUAGCUCAGGAAUUCAGAAUGAGGAUGUACAGGAUCUGGAAUUGUCUGAAGAUGGUAAAACACUUCCUCCGGGGACUGCCGAAUGCAGUGUGAUCAGUGAAAGAUUGGACAAAGCUCACGAAACUUCAUAUGGAAGUGGAAAUAUUGCCAGGGGCAAAGACAAGGUGGAUGAAAAGCUGGAAGACCCUGUUGAUCCAGUCCAAGCUAUGCUAUUGCAUAUGAUACCACACUUGGAUAGUAAGCCAACAAGAAGCAUAGACGCUCUUGUAAAAGACGACAAGCCAGAGGCAGAUACUAAUCCCAGUCUUAAAAAGAAAAAGAAAGUUAGCUAUAAAGAUGUAGCUGGUGAGUUGCUCAAAGAUUGGUGAAACCCUUUAUGCCAUCCACCACUUUAUAAGGUUAUGAACUUUUGUUUUGUUUCCUUCUGUAUUUUUAUUCUGCGACCAAGUAAAUGUAAUAGUCUCUUGUGUGUUGUGUUUCUGGUGUAAAUAAAUUUAUUAAAUUAUUUGGUGUUUUAUCAGUUAUGGUUACUGUCGCACCCGUUAAAAGCAUUAUCCUUAGGGAUCCUUUGAUUCACUGA